AUGAAAAAAACUCUUUUUCACCAUUUCAUUAGAUCCAAGGAACAACAAGUUAACAAUGUACGCCUCCAUCCAGAAAUUAUUGAGAUAAGAGAAGAUUGGCCGGUGCAGACAGUACUACCGCAAAACGACGUGGAUGGUAGUAACGGUGAUGCACUCCAUUUGGACGGGCGAUUAGUCAAUAAUCAUAUGUUGCCGUAUAUGAAAGGGAGUGACAGAAUAGAAUUAAUGGAUGAUUCUAAUGGAUUGAGAGAAAAUAUGGUUUUGAAGUCUUUAAGUGGUUCAACGUAUGCUUUAAAGAAAAACCGGAUAUCUGGCUUUGUUCGACGUCGUUCUUUAAAAGCCGGUGAGAAGAUCGGUAUCCGAUGGGAUAACAACUACGGCUGCUUCGUUCUCAAUGUCUUAAGUCGAUAUUAA